AGAUAAAAAAAUAUAAUGCUUUUUAUCUUUCUUCUAUAUAUUUUACAGAACAUACCUUUUGUGUUUGUAGAUGUGGGAGGACAACGAACACAAAGACAGAAAUGGACACGAUGUUUUGAUUCGUCAGUUACAUCUAUAAUAUUAGUUUCGACGUCCGAGUUCGAUCAAGUUUUAGCAGAAGAUAGAAUGACAAAUCGCUUGGAAGAGUCCAGAAAUAUUUUUGAUACUAUUGUAAAUAAUAACACGUUUAAAGGUAUCUCGAUUAUUUUAUUUUUAAACAAAAUGGAUUUACUGGAGCUUAAAGUCAAAAACCCAGAGACUGAUAUACGUUGGUUCUACCCCCAAUUCCAUGGAAAUCCGCACUCUCUUUUAGAUGUUCAAAACUUUAUCCUGCAAAUGUUUAUGAGCGUACGAAAAGUUCAACAAAGUCGUACAUAUCAUCAUUUUACCACCGCCAUAGACACACGUAAUAUUAACGUUGUCUUUAAUUCCGUAAAAGAUACAAUCCUACAAAGAAACUUAAAUGCACUAAUGUUGCAGUAGUACAGAAGUAUUCACUCUAGUGUUAGGUAGGCGCUAUCUUUUUUGUGUCUGUUCAUGUUCUUUAAAAGUACGCGAUAACAGUGCCAAAAAGUCUUUAUACAUAUGAAUAUAUAACAAUAUUUUUUAUAUGAACUACAUACAUUGAUGACAUAGAAUCACAUAGAAGAAUGUGGGUUUAUAACAUGAACUCAAAGAGAAUUAGAAGCAAAUAAAAAAGAAAAUACACAAUUCCAAUACGUUUGGAGCACUGAUGAAUACAUAUGAAAUAAAGAUGUUAUAUAUGCAAUAUACAUAUUUGAUUGAUACAUACACACGUAAAGUGUGUAUUAAAUUUGUAAAAAAGUGUAGUAUACCAUUUAUUAUAAGAAGCCACAAAUUAAUCAUUGUGAAGACCGAAUAUAUAUAUAUAUAUAUAUAUAUAUAUAUAUAUAUAUAUAUAUAUAUAUAUUUAUAUAUAUAUAUAUACAUAUAUAUAGUGCUCGACAAAAUUAUUGGCAAGUUACUUUUGACAAAAUUUUAGCAGUUAUAAAUGUUAAGAAAACUAAAGGUUUUGUUUAUCGUAUUCACUUAAAACAUCGAAAUUUGAAAAUAACGAUAUAGUAUUAAUAAAAUUGAUAACUUGGAAUUUUUUAACAUAGUUCGAAAUAAUAAUGAUGUAAAAUAAUCAUUCGUAAUGAAAUGAAAAGGUAACCUAUGUAACAAAAUAAUUUUUUGGGAACAUAACAUAAUUAACUUUAAAUUUUAGUACAUUCUAAAAUUGUCAUCCUUGUCUAAAACUAAUUUGGAAUGAACGUUUUAAAAUACUAAUAAUUAUCGUGUAGAAUUUAUUUCAAGAAAACAAUUUAAAAAGUUAUAAAAUGUAUUAUUAUGAAUAAAAUCGGAAUUUUUCAUAAAUUGUUUUAAGAGAAACUUAUGUCAAUAAUAUUGCCUGCACUGUAUAACUGCGAUGUAUAUUUUGGUAUUAACAUAUUUUUAUACACACAUGUAGCUAUAAUUACGUAUUUGAAAUGAUAAUUCUCCUUUGGAGGAAUAUGUAUGAACAUUUUACUGUAAGAAAUAAAAAUAAGUUAUAAAGUUUAUAAAUAAAGUAUAUUUUUACAUACGUAAA